AUGCUUCUUUUGAUCCGAGCAGCUAUCCAGACCGCUACCAGCAAAGUAAACAGACUUCCUGAUGUUCGCGCCCCCGCUGAAACUGUUCUAGAUUUCGUGGACAAUUUUGGCCAUUCAGGUUUAUGCAACAUUUUGAGCAUCCAUCAAAGCGUCCUUAGGUGCGAUAGGUCCGCGUAUACGGGUAAUGGCUUGAUCAAUUUGGGGGUGGGGAAGAGCUUUGUCUUGUCCGUAUUUAGUCGUAACCAUAUCAUAACUUCGCCUAUCUCAUUGGUACUAGGACGUUCAAAUAAGCUUCUCCCGUUGAUGCAUGAUUACUGGCAAUAUGCAAUCCAUGGGUCGAGUUCUUUCUCCUACAUUAUGAUAAGAACUACAUUUUGUGUACCGGGUUCGAGGAACGAAUUUGCAACUGGUACUUCUGAGAACAUUGCUACCCUCUAUCUCUAA